CCUCAGUCGCGCAGACACGCUCGCGGGAGACACGAGGUGCUGUCACGUGGUGUCCGCUCGCCGAUCUGACAGUCACACUGGCCGAGGCAAGUUCGCAAGGGUGGAUAAAGAUUUUUAACAAAGCCAGUUUUCGUCUACGGAUUUCUACAAAAAGCUCAUAUCUAAAUUACUAAUAUUCAAGAGGUGGCCAAAAUCGCAUGAUAACAUGGAGGAUCCCAUGGCGGCCGGCGGACCAGAGGCGCGCUGCGUCGCCGUGCUGGCUCGCGGCGCGCGCAAGAGCUACGGUGACGUCAGCGUGCUGGAGGGCCUGGACAUGACGGUACUCCGAGGGACCGUCUACGGCCUGCUGGGAGCGAGUGGCUGCGGCAAGACGACCCUCCUGAGCUGCGUGGUGGGGCGACGGCAGCUCGACUCCGGCGAAGUGCGAGUGCUGGGGUUCAAGCCUGGCUCCAAGGGGAGCGGCGUGCCUGGGAGAAGAAUAGGCUACAUGCCGCAGGAGGUGGCGCUUUACUCCAACUUCACGGUGCGGCAGACCAUGCGCUACUUCGGCUGCAUCUUCAACAUGAGGCCCGAGGACGUGCAGAGGACGACGGACGAGCUACUGGACAUGCUGGACCUGCCCUACCCGGACCGGCUGGUGAAGACCCUCAGCGGCGGUCAGAUGCGGCGCGUGUCCUUCGCCGCGGCGCUGCUGCACGACCCGGAGGUCCUGGUGCUGGACGAGCCCACGGUGGGCAUGGACCCGGUGCUGAGGGACGUCAUCUGGAGGCACCUGCUGCAGAUCACCAGCUCGGGCCGCAGGACCAUCAUCCUCACCACGCACUACAUCGAGGAGGCGCGCCAGGCGCACAGGAUCGGGCUGAUGCGCAGCGGGCGUCUCUUGGACGAGGACAGCGCCGACGCCCUGAUGGCCAAGUACCGCUGCGAGUCCUUGGAGGACGUCUUCCUGCAUCUCAGCGUGCGGCAGGAGCAAGCCGCCGCGGCGCCGGAAGUGCUUAGCGACUUAAACCCUUCUGCGCAAGACGUUCAAGAAGAAGAUUACAAGACGACAAGCGAGGAAUUUCCGAUGGUGGAAGAAAUCAAUGAAAAUCGUCUCUUCGGGGUCAUAGGGAAAAGUUCCAUGAAAGCGCUUCUGUUCAAGAAUACCAUCAGCAUUUUUAGGGAUCCUAGCUACCUGGCGUUCACGUUCGGCCUGUGCGUGCUGGCCGUGUCGUGCGUGUUCAUGGGCGUGGGCUACGAGCCGCGCGCCCUCACGCUGGCCGUGGUGAACCACGACGCCGACGCGCGCGACCCGCGCUGCUCCGGGCCGCUCCGGGCCGGCUCCUGCCACCGCGACCUGGGCUGCCGCUUCCUGGAGCGCCUGCGGCCGUCCGUCGUCCUGCAGGAGUUCCACGACAGCCGCGAGUCGGCGGCGGAGGCGGUGCGCCGCGGCAGCGCCUGGGGCAGCCUCUACUUCAGCGAGAACUUCACCAGCGAGGUGGCGGCCCGGCUGCUGGUGGACAGCUGGCUGUCCGGCCGCCCGGUGCCGGGCGCCGGCGACAUCCAGGUGCAGAUGGACAUGUCCGAUCAAGUCAUCAGCCUGAUUGUACAGAGAGAGCUUCUCACAACCUACAUGGAGUUCGUCAGAAGUCAAAUGGUUGCGUGCAAUAUUAGUGAAAAACUGGCGAACAUACCAAUAAAUAUUAAACCACCGAUUUAUGGCACCGAAUCACCAACUUUCUUGAACUAUGCAGCCCCAGGAACUCUAGCGCUGAUGAUGUUCUUCUUCGGAGUGGCUUUGUCCGUGUGGAGUAUAACUUACGAGCGUUUAGAUGGACUUAUCAACAGGAAUAUAGUCGCAGGUAUCACAUCCUUCGAAAUAAUGCUGAGCUACCUGGUGACGCAGUUCCUGCUGAUGUGCGGUCAGGCGGCGCUGAUAGUGUUCUUCGGCAUCUUCGUGUACCACUUCGAGUGCCAGGGCAGCAUCUGGCUCGCCAUCCUCCUGCUGCUGGUGCAGGGAGUGAGCGGCAUGUCCUAUGGCUUUCUGGUGUCAGCAUUAUUCGAAGAGGAAAUUACAGUCGCAAUAGUGUCCUUAGGUAGUCUACUGCCUAUGCUGUUCCUGUGUGGCGUGUGCUGGCCGCUGGAAGGCAUGCCGGCGGUGAUGAAGCUCUUCAGCGAGUUCGUGCCGCUGACGCUGCCCGUCAAGGGCCUGAGGGCCAUCAUGGCGCGCGGCUGGACGCUGGCCCACUUCGAGGUGUACGUCAGCUUCCUGUCCAGCUCGGCGUGGAUCGCGGUCCUGUUCGCGCUGUGCGUGGUCGCGCUCCGCUUCAAGAAGCUCUGAUGCCUCCCCAUGCCUCCCCGCGCCCAGGACUCGUUCGUGCACGUCCGAGAGGGACGUUCGACGCUACACGUGCCAUGUUCUUCAUGUGCCAGAACUUGACUCGUAACACAUUCAUGGUACACGUACCAUAUUAUGACCCGUACCACAUGAAGGUACAUUACCAUAAUAUGACUCGUACCACAUGUAUGGUAUACGUACCACAACAUUACCUUUACAACGAAACUGAAUAUUUUACACGUACCAGAUUUUGAACUGUACUGCUUACACAAUGUCCACGAAAAACGAGAGAUGAAUUUAAUAGAUGGCGGGGAAUGCCAAAACAAGCAAUUUAUGUUUUUUCAACAUACGUCCGGAAAAGGAAAACUAAAGAUUUACAGGUGCAAUUUGAAUCUCACGUCCAACUAGGUGCCAUCUCUUUGGUUUAGAGAAUGCGCGAUCACAGCGCCGUGACGUUUCAAGUAAUCUUGUAAAUGGAACAGAAAUAUUCAUUUACGAUUACUGAUAUUUGUAAAUUUGUACAUUUACGUGAAUACAACAACUGUGAUACUACAAAUGGUGUUUGCACUAAUACUGUGUUUGGAUUAUUACCCGGAUAAUUAUACUUUGUGGUGUCCCAGUACCUCCAAUAUUUUAAGUUAUUUAUUAACUGUUACCUGAAUAUCUUUUCGUUAUUAAAUGCGCAAAUUAAUAAGCACAAUAAAGCGAAAAAAAUCCAAUGUUCGAAUAUUGGAUUGUUUUUCCCAUUGUUUAAAAAAAAUUAUGUUUGAAUGAAACCUCAAUAAAAGUAUAAAAUUAUGCGCCAAUUUUCGUAAGAAAUACUCAGUACUAUCUUGAAAAAUCUAUUUCAUACAAGGACAAUUAACCGUGACUAUGUGUUGUACAAAGUUACAAUAUCUUUCGUAUAGUAUUACAAACUUUUUUUCUUGGCAACUUGUUUCCAAAGGAAUCUUUUAUAAAAGUACAGAACAUGUGUGUUAGUUAAAUGUAAUAGGAACCAGCAGUUUGUUGUACAGCUCGGUGAUUAAUUGGACGUUUUACCUUUACAUGCUUAGCUUUGCGCGAUUAACGUUAUGAUGACUUUUCAGUGAGUAUGGUACUGCGAUCUAGAGUCUCCCUGUAGUCACAGGAGUGGCGCCUAUUGCGCGGGAAAUUCAAAUUUUUAAGCUACUAUUGACGUCUGUAACUUUGCAGGGUUUCUUUUCCGAACACACGUUCCCAAGAAAAAUGGCAUGUUUUUUACAUCUCCUGUUCCCCAUUAAAUUUAUGCACGAUUUUUUUUGCGAACACCAUGUAUGUUACAACAAAAUGUCAGAAUUUUAUCUUUACAGACAAACAUUUAGUUAUCACUUAAAGGAUUUUACUCUGUUAUACUAUGUAACGAACUUGUAAAAAUUUCUACUUUGUUAUAAAUUACAGUAAAUUAACGGACGAAGAAUCUAACCCAAAUAAAGAAGAGUUCUUCAUAAUUUCAAGUAACUGAAUAUUCGUAGAAACUACGUCGUAUUUUGCCUUCUCUGUUGUAUAUUUCGUUCUAGACAACGAUAAACACACACGUGAAUAAAAUAAGUGUGUGCUUGCUAUAAAUUUAACUAGUUUUUAAAUGUUUUUGCAAAUAUAACAAUAAUAUUCUUGUGGAUUCAAGAUCAAAUUAAGAGAACUCAGUGUCUGUAAAUUUAAUAAAAUACUUGGAUAAUAUAUAACCAGCAUUUUUAAGUCAAUAUAAGUUUAAAAAAAUUUAACAGUGUACUGACAAAUUUUUUGUAAGACCUUAUAUACUUUAAUUAUGUAUGUAAACAAUUGUAGCCAUUUUUAUUUUUAAAAAUGAAUGUUUUCAAAACAAAAAUAUCAUUAUUUGAAACAAUGUUAACGAGAGUAAACAAUCAAACCUGAAA